AUGCUCAAGGCCAAGGCGCUCAAGCUCGUGCUUUCCUUCCUCGCGCUGGGCACGGCGGUGCCGGAGGACCAGGAAGCUCCAGCUUCCGUGCUUGUUGAACUGGACGGAAAUGGCCACGCGUCGAUGGUUGAGGCUGCCAAGAGACCCUUUCAUAAAGAUGCGCCGCCGAAGUACGAUGAGGAUGUCGAGAAGGCUCUGCAGUCGGCGAAUCUGACCAGCAGCGAGCGUCAGGAGGUUGAGAAGACCCUCGAUGAUUUUCUCAACAAGUCGGAGCUGCCAAAGCAACAGGCCUCCUUGGUCCAGCUGGCGGCUUUCGCCCCGGGCGCGGCAGGCCCCGCACCGGGGCACACCGUGGCCUUGAAGAACCACACGGAGAUUGUCACCAAGCGCGGCACGGACCCUCAGUUGAAAGCUCUCAACGACCAACACGACAAUCUCACACACCUCGUCCACGACCAGGCUGAAGCUGUGGCACACACUUCUGCGACCAUGAGUCGCAACAAAGAGGAUGUGGAGAGACAAGCUGCUGAAGUCGAUCGAGUUGCCGACCUCUACGGUCAGUCGCAUGCUAUCACGAAGAAAGCCGAGGAUGCCUACAAGGCUCAUUUGGUUGCUUUGGCUAUUGCAAAGAAGCGACGUGACGAUUUGAAGCAGAAGGCAGACGACGCACGCAAGACCCUUGAGACGGUGGUGCCAGAGUACAAUGCUGCUGAGUACAAACUGGGCAUCCUGAUGUCGCAGACGCCCUGGCUGAAGGAUGAAGCAAAGAAGAAGGAGGCCGAAGAAGGCAAGCGUGCCGACGACCUCGAAAACACAGAAAACAAGAAGAAAGAGAUGCAGGACAAGUUGAACGGAGAUGACAAAGCUUUGCAGGAAGCCAUCUCCAAGCUCAACGGUCUCAACGGUGAUCUCAAGAGAAUAGAGGACAAGAUUGAGCACUGGAACAGUGCGUCUUCAUUGGCACCUCUGCCCUUGCUGCUCGCUCUCCUGUUAGGCCGACUCUGA